UAUAAUGGGCCUAAUGAAGUAUAUUUUAAAUUAAUGGGCCUGAGCAAUUCGGCACGAACAUACUAGAAGAUAGUUUGCCAAUACAUAUCCAAUUUUCUCAUUUCUAAAACCCUAAGCUUCGCCGGCAGCUCCGAUCGUGAUCUUUCAUAAACCCUACCAUCGCCGGUGAUUAAGAGCUGAGCUCAGGAAAUGAGUUUCAACAAAGUUCCCAACAUUCCUGGAUCUCCUGCUCUCUCUGCCCUUCUUAAGGUCAGUGUUAUUGGUGGACUUGGUGUCUAUGCCCUCACUAAUAGUCUCUACAAUGUCGAUGGAGGACACCGUGCUGUCAUGUUCAACCGAUUAACUGGUAUCAAGGAAAAGGUAUACCCAGAGGGUACACAUUUUAUGAUGCCAUGGUUUGAAAGGCCAAUCAUCUAUGACGUUCGUGCACGACCUUAUCUUGUAGAGAGCACCACCGGUAGUCAUGACCUUCAGAUGGUGAAAAUUGGACUAAGGGUUCUCACACGUCCCAUGGGUGAUCGUUUGCCUCAGAUUUACCGAACCCUCGGCGAGAACUACAGUGAAAGGGUUCUUCCUUCCAUCAUCCAUGAAACCCUAAAAGCCGUGGUAGCUCAGUACAAUGCAAGCCAGCUUAUUACACAGAGAGAAGCUGUGAGCAGAGAGAUACGCAAGAUUCUGACAGAGCGGGCUUCUAACUUCAACAUUGCUCUUGAUGAUGUCUCCAUCACGACUCUGACAUUCGGCAAAGAGUUCACUGCAGCAAUCGAGGCAAAACAAGUCGCUGCUCAGGAAGCUGAACGGGCUAAGUUCAUUGUGGAGAAAGCCGAGCAAGACAGGAGAAGUGCGGUUAUCCGUGCACAGGGAGAAGCUAAAAGUGCUCAGCUUAUCGGACAAGCAAUUGCGAAUAAUCAGGCAUUCAUCACUCUGAGAAAGAUUGAAGCUGCGAGAGAGAUUGCUCAGACCAUUGCACUAUCUGCUAACAAGGUUUACCUGAGCUCCAACGAUCUGUUGCUUAACCUUCAAGAAAUGAACUUGGAGCCUAACCCUAAGAAGUAAAAGAGAAGGAACGAGUAAGUUUUCUUCAUUUCUUUUCUCUCUAAAAAAUCUCUCCGCCUUGGAAGUAAAGAACGGGUUCGAUGUUUGACCAAAUGACCCCUUGUCGUGACUGAUUCUGAAAAUAGUCUUUAAGCGGACAUAUUGCGACUCAGAUUGGCUUUGGUCAGUAUUAUUCAUCAUGUUCAAUGAAACUUUUUGUUGAUAUUCAACUUUCCUGGAAAAUUGAUGAAGUUGAAUUUUAAACUUAAUAAUAUUCAUAUUCAUAUGA